GUUUGAAAACCUGUCAGAUGUCUUCAUUCGGUCACUAAACUUGCCAAGAGAGCACAGUGAGGUGGUAGUUGGAAAGUUUCGAAUAACCGCGAAACCGAAAAUGUCUGCCAAACAGAUAUAUUAUUCCGACAAAUAUACGGAUGAGGAUUUCGAAUACAGACACGUAAUGCUUCCCAAAGAAAUUGCCAAACUUGUGCCAAAGACUCACCUAAUGUCUGAACCAGAGUGGAGAAGUAUUGGUGUCCAGCAGAGCCAUGGCUGGAUACACUACAUGAGACAUGAACCUGAGCCGCUCAUACUACUAUUCCGACGGAAACUGACCUCUGCAUGAUCACACAUCGUCCCCAUUUUCAACGCCCACAUUUGUACAUACUCAAUUCACCGUCAUGCGAUCGAUCUACCUUCAAUCAGAUGCCGUCCCCGUACAUCCAGCAUCUGUGGAUCUUCCGCCACAGACAGAAUUGUUGCAUAUGCUCCAGCAGCAGGGCAGUGCUAUAUCCCAAGUCCCGAACAUUACGUUAUACAUAAAACCUCCACUGUGAAGUGAGCAUUGACAUUAAGAUGCGGUUCAGUUCCAAGUGACAUUCUAUAAUGUGUGGACUACAGCAGGUUACAAGGUAUCAGUCUCUCCAGUCUUUCAUGGCAUACAUGUUGCAGUGAACAUUGUGUUCAGAGUCAUACUAGAGUGUAUUAUGUGUCAUUCCUUCUGAGAUCUUUGUUUAUUGUGUAGAUAUCUUUCAUGUCUUUUUUCCUAACUCUUAUGCUCAUUCUUACACUUACUCUAUUUUCUUCGAGAACUCAGAAUAAAUGACUUGUCUUGA